CUCCAAUACAUAUACUAUGUAUUUGUUAACUUUAACGACUCUUUACUGUACCUACAAUGCGUUGAACAAACUCCCCACAGUAUACAGCUUAUCUUUCUGGUGAUAGAAAUCGCUUGUUUAAUUACAAUACAUAUUGAACACACCGCAACUGCAGCGUAAAAUUUUCCACCAGAAACUCUGUAAACGCGCUAUGGAAAGGCAGCUGCGCGGUUGGUUGCGCUACUGCACAUAUUUUGGCAUCUAUGUAGGCGCUUUUGAGGAUAGUAACCUCCGCGUCACCGCACACAACGUGAACAGCACAAGCAGCAAUUUUGCGAUUGACACCAGGAAGCGCGCACAAUGGUGCCGACGCGCGGAAACUUGCAGCACACUGAUGCGACAACGUCUCUACCUGUAUCUGCUAACGCUUGUGCUGGGCGUACUCUACACGCAUGGCUUAAUAACGCGUGCCACGAUGCCAGGUAUCUCUUGGGUAGCCGCGACUUUACUCUACAGCCUGCAUGUAAUGGCAGUGUUGUUUAUAUUACUUGAAGCUCUGCAUAAGCAGGCACAACAUGACCGCUUUCUGCAGGUGCUGGAGCAGAUUGAAGUAACACUGCGCUUACGGUUGCAGCAGAAAGUGCAGCACGAGGUACUAUUCAACGGUCUGCGUCAGCUCAUCGCUUAUUUGUUUGUGUUUUCGAUGCUCGGAUUCGCGCUCUUUGCCUUGUCCACCAUAUGGUUGCCUUAUGCAGACUAUUUCUGGCAUGGCAUUUGGUUGGUCAUAAUUAUACGCAUACGCCUAAUACAACUCAUAGUCUAUCUGUGCAUUUUACGCCACUUCCUGCAAUGUUUGUGCGCUCGUCUGCGUUCGAUUGUGGCAGCGCGCUUGACAUUACGCCGCCAAAUUUUGGAUGUAGACUGUGAGCGCUUAUGCUCGCUCCAGCGUUUAUUGGCCGUGAAGGAGAUCUACGAGCUGCUGCACAAAGAAUUUCAGCUGCUCAACGAGUUCGCCGGCUGGUCGCUGUUUGCCAGCAUCAGCUCGUAUUUAUUGGACGCGAUUUGCACACUCUACUGGAUGCUACUCAGUAUCGACGGUUUCGUACGGCGGCGUCAUUACGAAAUUGCGGGCCUUUUUAUGUUGCUGCCGUUGGUGGUAAUACUCUGGUAUCUAAUGUACUUGUGCGAUAACUGUCAGCAGUUGGUGCGUAUAUACAUAUAUUUUCUCCAUUUAUUAAUAUUAAUACUCCAUACUUCUAGGCGCGCUCUGUGUCCCAAUUGUUGUCUAAAUUGA